CACUGACAAUUGAACUAGUUCCUUUGUACCAGCUAUACUAUAACAUAAAUCAUUUAUCAAAAAGGAAUAACGUUUUUAUCUUGCCAUUUGUUUAUAAGAGCAUGUAAACUGUUAUUAUUAAAUCUAAAAUAGAUGAAGACCUGGUGAUUUAAGUGUAGUGAAUAUGUAAUAAUACAUAUACAUAUGUACAAGGCUUAAGCGCGAAUCUACAUCAAUUGGUUUAAAUAUGAAUCCAAUACAUAACAUGAACAUGGAUCUAUCUUUGGUGCCCGAGUCAGGAAAUACACAAGCCCAAUAUACAUCUUUUCAAAAUUUUGAAGAAUUUUCGGCAUCAGGAUUUACAAACACGCCUAUAUAUAUAACAAAACCACCUGGAAUUAGUGCCAUAUCCCAAGUUGCCCCAACUUGUUCGCUUCUAGGUCCCAAAAAUAAAAUUGAGAACACUUCUGGAGAUAUUUCGAUUCCAGCUAUUGAAAAUCAUUCAUUAGCACCGACAGUAAGAUAUGUACAAGCAGGCCAAUUUGAGGAUACGGAAGAAUAUGGUGUAGCUGGUAUACAUUGCAGAGAGGAAUCUGAGUACACUGAUGAAGCCGUUGUACCUUACUGUUAUACGUCAGAAGCUAACUACACAGGAAUUCAAAGCACAAUUUCAAAUAUUAAACCAUUUUCUGGAAGAACCUAUAAUGCCCACCUAAAUGUGUCCGAUGUAGUAGCAGAUUCCCAAUGUCUUAAGUUUGAUAAUCCUGCUGAAUUUAAAUUACCACAAUUUGCCAUGAGUUCGUUGAAUAAUGUGCCUCACCGGUUGGGAGAAAAAGAUGACUACAUUGGAGGAUCAGAAAAUGAUCUUUGUUCAACGAUGAGGUGGCGGGAUCCAAAUCUUUCUGAAGUUAUAAGUUUUUUGAGCAAUCCGAACAGUGCUAUAAAGGCAAAUGCUGCAGCAUAUUUACAACAUUUAUGCUACAUGGAUGACCCAAACAAACAACGUACAAGAUCUCUUGGAGGAAUACCACCAUUAGUUCGAUUGCUGUCUUAUGAAUCUCCAGAAAUACAUAAAAAUGCAUGUGGUGCCCUGCGAAAUUUAUCUUACGGCAGACAAAAUGAUGAAAACAAACGUGGAAUAAAGAACGCUGGUGGAAUAGACGCCUUGGUUAAUCUACUUUGCCGGUCUCAAGAAACAGAAGUGAAAGAAUUGGUGACUGGAGUUUUAUGGAAUAUGUCGUCCUGUGAAGACUUGAAAAGGUCAAUUAUUGAUGAAGCACUUGCUGCUAUAGUCUGCAGCGUUAUCAAGCCGCAUUCCGGUUGGGAUGCUGUUUGUUGUGGAGAUACGUGUUUUUCUACGGUAUUUCGAAAUGCUUCUGGUGUUUUACGAAAUGUCAGUUCUGCUGGAGAACAUGCAAGAGGAUGUCUUCGAAAUUGUGAACAAUUAGUAGAAUGCCUUCUUUAUGUUGUAAGAACAGCUAUUGAGAAAAAUAAUAUUGGAAAUAAAACAGUUGAAAAUUGCGUAUGUAUACUUCGGAAUCUUUCGUACCGAUGUCAAGAAGUUGAGGAUCCCAAUUACGACAAGCAUCCCUUUAUAGCACCAGAAAGAGUAAUCCCAUCUUCCUCCAAAGGUAAAUACAAACUAUAUUCUUUUUGUUUAAUUUAUUGCCUGGUUGUCAUGCAAUUUUUGUAAAAUUACAUUUUAAAA